AUGCAAUUUUCCGUCGUUACACUUGCCUGCACGUUGCUGCUUGCCUCAUUCGGCCAUGCGCUGCCGUCGGGUGGUCCGCUUGAAAGCAGGGCGGAACUUGGGCACGACAAGAUCAAACCCAUGGGAGAAGCAGUCGGAGGCGGCGACGGCGCCGUUCUGUACAAGAAAUUCCAGCCGACGCUGAAGGUUCAGGGCGGCUGCGUGCCGUUCCCCGCGGUUGACAAGGACGGCAACGUCAGCAAAGGGCUAAAGGCAACGGGACUUCACAAUGGGAAGUGCAGCAAGAGCACCGGGCAGAUCUACUGCCGUGGCCACAACAUCGACGGCAAGUUUGCGAUUUUGUACGCGUGGUACAUGCCCAAGGACGCGUUCUCGCACAGGCACGACUUCGAGUACAUCGUAGUGUGGCUCUCGAGCAACAAGAAGGACGCGAAGUUGCUGGGCGUCGCGUACUCGAGGCACGGUGAUACAGUGAAGAUAAAGGCGCCUAACGUCGGGCUCAAGAACAACCGCCUGAGGGUUCAGUACUAUCUCGACGGAUCGAGCUACUCGGUUAAGAAGCACAACUAUGCGGAGGGGGGCUUUCAGCCGUUGAUCAACUAUGCGCAGAUGCCGGACAAGGCGCGCAAGACGUUGGCGGGGCAUAGUUUUGGGAGUGCGAAUGUGCCGUUCAUUGACAAGAACUUCAUCAACAACAUCAAGGAGGCGAAGCUGUGA